AGGAACGGCCGACGCCAAGCGCUUCCAUCAGACUCACUGAGCGGAGACCUCUCAAGUGUCAAAAUAUAGAUGUCCUGGGAAUGUGAGAGCGUCACAUUUCCUUCGGUGCAAGCCGGCGAGAGAGCCGAGGGAAAAAGCGUCUGGAAUGAAACUUUAGGGCGGCGUUUAUUUCAGUUUCGGUUGUGGAUAGUUGUGGUAAAGUUUCAGGGUGAUACUGUGAGCAGGGCACAGAGGUGGCAUUUGUACAGGGAUAUACAACAGCGUGAAACAUGGAAAGGGAGUCAAAGGAAAGCGAAAACCUGGAGCGAGAACGGCAGUAUUGCGAGCUGUGCGGGAAAAUGGAGAACCUGAUGAAGUGCGGACGGUGUCGCAGCUCGUUCUACUGCAGCAAAGAGCACCAGAGACAGGACUGGAAGAAGCACAAGCGCGUGUGCAGGGAAGCCGACAAGCCGCAGAACGCUGGAGAGUUCGGCGCGACACAAUGUAACACUUCUGAGAAGCCGAAACAAUGUAACAGUUCUCAGAGUGACUCUUCGCUUGUGACGUCAGCCGGAGAAGGCAUGCGAGAUUUUAUCAAGUCCGCCACUGGCUCGGACACGGUGUCUGACACCAAACCGCCCGGUGACGGCGUGUCCAACAGUUCCAAACCCAACGGACAGACGCGGUACCCGCCGCAGAAACUGGCCACGGACUAUAUCGUGCCCUGCAUGGACAAGCACGGCAUCUGUGUGCUGGACAACUUCCUCGGGGACGAGACCGGACGCGGCAUUCUGGAGGACGUCCGAGCCCUCUACCUGACCGGCGGCUUCACGGACGGACAGCUGGUCAGUCAGAGGAGCGACUCUUCCAAAGACAUUCGGGGGGAUAAGAUCACCUGGGUGGAGGGCAAAGAGCCGGGCUGUGAGCGGAUAGCGUUUCUCAUGAGCCGCAUGGACGAUCUGAUCCGACACUGUAACGGCAAACUGGGCGACUUCAGGAUCAAUGGAAGGACGAAAGCAAUGGUGGCAUGUUACCCUGGCGACGGGACAGGAUAUGUACGGCAUGUGGAUAACCCUAAUGGAGAUGGGAGAUGUGUCACAUGCAUAUAUUACCUGAAUAAAGACUGGGAUGCCAAGGAACAUGGUGGGCUUUUGCGGAUCUUUCCAGAGGGAACAGCUCAGUUUGCAGACAUUGAGCCCAAGUUUGACAGGCUUCUGUUGUUUUGGUCAGAUAGAAGGAACCCACAUGAAGUCCAACCAGCUUACGCUACCAGGUAUGCCAUAACAGUGUGGUAUUUUGACGCUGAUGAGCGAGCCCGAGCUAAGGAGAAAUAUCUAACAGGUUCAGGUGAACGGGGCGUGAAAGUGGAGUUAAACAAGCCAUCUGAGCCCAGCUAGUGAACGAGGGAUUAAUGAAAAGAAGUGGACAUGGUGGACCUCCAGAGGGCUGCUGCCAGCUGCUGAGAGAGGGACGAGCAGAGGGGGAAAGAGAGUCAUUAAUCGACUUUCUCAUUCACCUCUCCGGCCAUCAUCUAUAAGGGAACAUUAUAGAGAUGUGCUGUAAAGACAGACAUUCCUUAACAUGCUUUGUGUUUACUUUAUGGAACUUGCUGACUUAUAUGAGCAUAGGAUGGACAGAAUACUACGAUUUUCCCACCACGUUCCCAUCAGCUCUGUCUUUGCACAAUAAAUAGUAAAGGUACAGUUUUGACUGGCAAUGCUGCAAGCUACAUACAUAAAAACUCUCUGGAAUGUUCUGUGUGUACUAUUCUGGCAAAGAGUCACCGUUAAAUAUUGGAUUUGUGUUUUUAUAUGGUUCGUAACCCAGUUUUCCAGAUUCUCCUGAUUGGAGCUACAUGGAACAUGCUUCUAUAUCAUGGCAUGCACCUGUUGCUUAGUAACCAGGUGUGUUGCUGGAUUGUGUUUGCCAUUAAUCAGCAAAUAUGUCUGUUGUUGCAGACGUUAUGUCUCUGUUGUCUUAAGCCAAAGCUGUCACCUCAUGUCUGUCUAACAGCUCUGAGUUUUAAAUAAAAAAGCUUAUUUUUUUUCUCCAAUGCAGCUGGUUUAGAAGUGUGU